AAUACCAAGCUAUGCUUAUAGAAGAAAGACGUAACAAAUGACCCAUCAAGCUUCCCAUUUAAACUAUUAAAAGGCUUUUCAUGGCUCUUAAGGCCAUGAAAGAAAACUCUUCUUCUUCUUUUUCUUCUUCUUCUUCUUCUCAACAAUGGAAAUAUGAUGUUUUUCUUAGCUUUAGGGGUGAAGAUACCCGUAAGAAUUUUAUCAGUCAUUUGUGCAAAGAGUUUCGUCAAAAAGGAAUCAUAAUAUUCAAGGAUGAUCGAGAACUUGAGAAAGGGGAAACUAUUUCUCAAGAACUCCUCAAAGCAAUUGAAAGCUCCAAAAUUUCUCUUGUCAUCUUUUCAAAAAAUUACGCUUCUUCAACAUGGUGUUUGGAUGAACUCGUAAAAAUUUUAGAAUGCAAGAACUCUGGCAACCAAAUAGUUUUGCCCAUUUUCUAUGAUGUGAAUCCAUCAGAAGUUCGAAAACAGAAUGGGAGUUUUGAAAAUGACUCUGAACAUUAUCAGCAGAACGACGAGAGGGUGCAACUGUGGAGACUUGCUAUGACUCAAGUGGCCAAUCUAUCUGGAUGGAAUUUACAAGACAGGGAGGAAUCAGAGUUUAUUCAGGAUAUCACUAAAGAUGUACUUAACAAAUUGGAAAGAUUUAGUCAUAGCACAGCCAAGGAUUUUGUUGGAAUGGAUUCACGAUUAGAGAAAAUGAGAUUGUGUAUCAAUAUAAAGGAGCUAAAUAAUGUCAAAACAGUAGGUAUUUGUGGGAUGGGUGGCAUUGGAAAAACAACUAUUGCUAGUGUCACCUACAAGGAAAUGCAAUGCCAAUUUGAGGGUAGUGCUUUUCUUGCGGAUGUUAGAGAAACUUCAAGAAAAUAUGGUUUGUUCACUUUACAAAGACGACUUUUAUGUGCAACAUUGAUGGAAAGAGACAUAGAUGUGUACGAUGAAUACAAUGGAGUUUAUCACAUAAAAAAUAGGCUAUCUCGGAAGAAGGUUUUGGUCAUUCUUGAUGAUGUUGAUGAGUUAGAGCAAUUAGAAUUUUUAGUUGGAAAAAAAGAUGAAAACUGGUUUGGAGUUGGAAGUAGAAUCAUAAUAACGACUAGGGAUGAACAUUUGUUGAUCCAACAUGAAGUAGAUCAAAUAUAUAGGGUUGAGGAGUUAAAUCUUCAUGAAGCCCUUCAACUUUUUUGCUUGAAAGCCUUUAAGAAAGAUUGUCCACCACAAGAUUACAUGGAAUCUGUGAAAGAAUGGAACAGUGCAUUGAAGAGGUUGAAAGAAAUUCCCAAUGAAAAAAUUCUAAGUAAGCUUGAAAUAAGUUUUGAUGGAUUGGAGGAAAUACAAAAAAAAAUAUUUCUUGACAUCGCAUGCUUUUUCAAAGGAAAAAUGAAACGUUAUGUGAUGAAAGUACUGGAAAGUGGUGGAUUAUACCCAGAUAUUGCUAUAAGGGAGCUUAUCGAUAAAUCUCUCAUAACUAUUUCAGACAACCGUGUGUGGAUGCAUGAUUUGCUUGAAGAAAUGGGUCAAGAAAUUGUUCAUCGAGAAUGUCGAGAAGAGCCUGGACGACGAAGUAGACUAUGGCUUUAUAAGGAUGUCUGUCACAUCUUAAUGAAUGAUACGGGAACAAAUCUAAUUGAAGGUGUAGUCCUGGAUUAUAUGUUUGAUCAAGGAGACAGAUACAUGAGUUCUAAAGCCUUCUUGAAGAUGAAAGCUCUCAGAUUGCUCAUACUUCGCAAUUUAAAACUCUCCAAAGACAUUGAAUAUCUUUCCAAUGAAUUAAGGUACUUGGAAUGGCGUGGGUAUCCUUUCAAAUCUUUGCCACAAACUUUUCAACCAGAUCAACUUGUUGAGCUCCAUUUGUCUUAUAGCAGAAUUGAACAAUUAUGGAAGGGAGUAAGACCUUUAAAGUUGUUGAAGAUAAUUGAUCUUAGUUACUCCAAAAAUUUAAUCAAGACACCUGACUUUAGAGAGAUCCCAUACCUUGAAGAGUUGAUACUUGAAUGUUGUACAGGAUUACUUGAAGUACACCAUUCUAUUGGACUUCUAGAAAGGCUUGUUUUACUGAACAUGAGGAAUUGCAAAAGCCUUACAGCUCUUCCAAGUAGCCUGUGUAAUUUGAAGUCUCUUAAAGUUUUUAUAUUGAGUGGCUGCUCAAAUCUUGAAGAAAUUCCAGAUAACAUAGUGGAUAUGACAUCUGUGGAUGUGUUUGAAAUAGCAGGAAUCAGUUCAACAUCAUUGCCAUUAGCUCAGCCAUGGGAUUGUCUUUGCCCUUGGUGGCCAAAGCCUAAGAAACCUACACCUGCCAUGUCCUUUGAGUUGCCUUCUUUAAGAGGCUUUUGCAUUCUUAGGAGACUUAAUCUAAGUCAUUGUGGUCUUACGGAUGCAAUGAUUCCUUAUGAUCUAAGUUGUUUCCCAUUUUUAGAAUUUCUAGAUCUAAGCGGAAAUGAUUUUGUAAGCAUGCCUGAAAGCAUUAGUCAACUCUCUAAACUCUUACUUGUUCGUUUUAGCAAUUGUAAGAGAAUUCGAUCAUUUCCAAAUAAUCUUCCUUCGGGUCUCAAACUUCUUGGUAUGGAGGGUUGCUCUUGCUUGGAAACUUCACUAACUACAAGCAUAAGUAGAAAUUUUAAACUUGAAAACCUUCACUUCGUUGAUUGCAAGAAGCUUCAGUCCUUGCGUGAUCUUUCAUCAACCAUUUUACAACUUAGUGCGGAAUGUCUAACUACACAGGAAAGUAUUCCAAAUCCAUUUGAAGCAAGCACUUCAAGAACUUCAUCGUUCACUCUUACAAAAUGGGUAAGGUUGAUUGAGAUUCAAGGCCAAAAUCUUAGGCCACUUGCAAGGCUAAUGAGUUACCUGCAUUUCUUAUUGGUGCAUAACUCUCUCUCUCUGGUCAGUCUCUCAUUCUCUCUCUCUCUCUCUCUCUCUCACACACACACACACAUCUUGGGGGGCCCUAGAUUUUUCAAAAAAAAAAAGUCACAUUUUUCAGUUUAUAUAUAUACUAUCUUACUUUUUAUUUUUAAAGAUAUUAUAUAUUUUUGUGUCAUAUGAUAUUGUAUCAUGUAUUUGUUCCUUUUUUAUGUUAUAUUUGUGGGUCAUAGCAAAUUUCAUUAUGUGCAUUCUGACUUCUUGCCAAAGAACUUUAGAAUUUGUGCAUUCCAGGACCAACUCAACUACUAAAUAACUAUCCAAUUACACAUGCAUCCACCAAAAAAGUUUUAUUUUCCCUUAGAACAUUGCUGCAAAGCUACACAUGUUAAUUUUUAAGUAAUAAUUUUGGCUCAGGGACUCUUUAGUUUAAACACCCUUAUAUCAUUGUGUUUAUCCUCGAGUGAAGUUCCUGUGUGGUUCAACAAUCAAG